GCAAAUUAAGUUUUAUGUACUAAAAGUGUUAAUGACCAGACCUUGAAAAAUGCGGAGCAGACUUUCAAGAGAGCUAAGCUCCCUUUUAGGCAUCACAAUUGGGAGCCAGGUUUUUCAAGAGAGUUCAGCACCUGGCCACUGGAUCACAAUGGGAACUGGUAGGUCCUGAAGACUUUUGAAAAUCUGGCUCCAGUUGUGUUUGUGGGGCAGUUGGAAAUCUGGCCAUGUGUGUCUGCAAAGUUGUUGAUUUGAGGAAAGAUUUUGAAUUCUAAAAUACAAGAAAUAAACAAAAACUAUGCAAGUCCUUUCCUAUGUUCUGUAACUUACCCCAUGGUGGUAUUUCGCUUACUAAACCAUUUUAACAGCUUGAUUGAUUGUAUCAGCAGGAGUCGUGUGUUAGCCCUUCCUGUUGAGAUGUUACAUUAGGAGAGAAAAUUUGUUCUUUUCCCAAAGUAACUAAAUCCUCCUUAAAAUGCUUUAAUCUUUAUCAAAUUACUUUUUAAUCUGUUAAUCUGAAAGGGGAUAGGAGCACUGUGAAUGGGCUAGGGCUUGGGUAUUUCACUACUUAAAUGCACAGUGGGGUGCAUGGGAGCAAACAGCUGAAUAAAAAUUCAGAUUUUGGCAGCAAAGUUUGAGUUUAACCCUUUGUUAUUGGCGUCUGUCAGCAUAGUUAUAGUCUGCAAUAUCUUUCAGCUCCAAAAGAUGUAAAGGUCACUGCUUAAAGGCAUGAAUAUAGUUAGUGCAGUACUACCUAGGAGCCCCAAGUCCUAGACUAGCACCCCAUGGUUGUAAGUGCUGUACAAACACACAAUGAAAAGAUAGACCAUGCCCCAAUCUAAGUAAUAUAGUUGUCUACUGCAUCGUCUAAAUUAUACUUUCAACUUUAUAGAACCAAGAAUCUCAAAGCACUUACACAUACCGACCACGUUUUCAAAGAAUCUCAGCGCCCAAUGGGCGUUCAAUGUACUGAGCACUUUGCAAAUCUGCCUGCUUGUUUUGGUGCCUAAAUGGAAGCUGAGCGCUUUGUAAAAUGUGGCCCUUGAGGUCUGAUGUACAGAGAUGCUUGGUGUUUAACUAACUGAAUUCCUUGUACAUUUAAACGGUUGCACGUAGUACUGGUUGCAUCUCAACAACUCCAAACCUACCCAGGAUGUACUUUCAUUUAAAAUAAUUAAGAGCCAUUGAAAAGAAAAAUGAGGAUUUUCCUUAGGGAACCUUCGAUUUAUGGCUUCUUAAAAUAAAGACUGUUUAUGGCUCUUAGCGACAACACUCAGCUGAAUUUAAUAGCUUCAUCCAAUUACAUGCUUCGCUUCGGGUACGCUGUAGCAAAUUUAAGAAGAAAAUUACAGUCCACAUGAGACCAUUAAAUUGUCACCUGCAGGGAAAGCUUCAGUAUUAGGAGAAACUGCGUGUAUAUAAAAAGCAAGAUGACGGGUACAACAGGUAGGAUAUUCUCUGAAGAAGCAGAGUUGGAAUUAUCCAUUCAGCAGCUCCUCUCAUCAAGCAGAAUGGAGAAGACUCCGAAGCUCUUUGUAAGUUUCCUCAUGUUUGUUCUGUCUGUGGAGAUUUGCUUGGCUCAACACUGGUCUUAUGGCCUGCAACCAGGAGGAAAGCGAGAUGCUGAAAAUCUGGUAGAAUCAUUCCAAGAGAUUGCUAGUGAAAUGGAAAAAAUAGGUGAACUGCAGCAUUUUGAAUGCACUGGCCCACAUCAGCGCUCCAUACUUGGUGGUCUGAAGGGAGCUCUGGCCGGUCUGAUUGAAGAAGAGGCGAAGCGAAAGAAGAUCUGAAUUCAUGAAGGCAAAUGGAAUAAAGGACCUGUUACUGUAACAUUUCAAAGCAA